AGUGCUUUUCACUGCAGCAAAGAGAGACUACUGGGGCUAUAAGGAAUCUUAGAGGUCAUUUAGUUCAACACUCUGGUGCAGUGGAAAUAGGUCUUGAACUGCUGUCAGAGCACCUGGAUUUGAAUCCUGUCUCUGCCACUUACCAUCUGAAGGCCCUUGGGCAGGGGACCAUUCUCCAAGCUUGCAAAAUGUCAUCCAUCAAGCAUCUCGUCUAUGCAGUUAUCCAUUUCUUGCGGGAACAAAGCCAGAUAGAUACUUACACUUCAGAUGAACAAGAAAGCUUGGAAGUUGCAAUUCAGUGCUUAGAGACAGUUUUCAAGAUCAGCCCAGAAGAUACUCACCUUGCUGUAUCACAGCCGCUGACAGAAAUGUUCACAAACUCCUUUUGUAAGAAUGACAUUUUGCCGCUCUCAAAUUCUUUGCCUGAAGAUGUGGGGAAAGCAGAUCAAUUGAAGGAUGAAGGUAAUAACCACAUGAAGGAGGAAAACUAUGGUGCUGCAGUGGGCUGCUAUACACAGGCCAUAGAACUGGAUCCAAAUAAUGCAGUUUAUUAUUGCAACAGGGCUGCUGCCCAAAGCAAACUAGGUCACUACACGGAUGCAAUAAAGGAUUGUGAGAGAGCGAUAGAAAUCGAUUCCAAAUACAGCAAGGCCUAUGGGAGAAUGGGGCUGGCCCUCACUGCCAUGAAUAAAUAUGAAGAAGCAAUUACAAGUUAUCAAAAAGCACUGGAUCUUGACCCAGAAAAUGAUUCUUAUAAGUCUAAUUUGAAAAUAGCAGAGCAGAAAUUGAGGGAGGUGGCCAGUCCUACUGGAACAGGACUGAGCUUCGACAUGGCUAGUUUGAUCAACAAUCCAGCCUUCAUUAGCAUGGCAGCGAGUUUAAUGCAGAAUCCUCAAGUUCAACAACUCAUGUCAGGAAUGAUGACAAAUGCCAUUGGGGGUCCUGCUGCUGGGGUUGGAGGCCUGACUGAUCUGUCCAGCCUCAUCCAAGCGGGACAGCAGUUUGCUCAGCAGAUACAGCAGCAGAAUCCUGAGCUCAUUGAGCAGCUGAGAAAUCAUGUCCGGAGUAGAUCCUUCAGUAGCAGCACUGAAGAGCACUCCUGACUUGAUGGGAGACUCACCUCCUAGAACUACAAUGUGAAUGGUUUUAUAGGCCUGACAUGU